AAAUUCAUUACGAAACACGAAAAAAACUUUAUGUGUGGAACUAGACGUGUCGUACACCAGAAAUAGUUUACCUUACAGUGCAAGAAAGAGUGAUCUAUUGUUAAACAGUUACAAAGAGAAAAGGGAGAUUCUUUGUAAUCAGUUUGUGUUGUUGUAGCCUAGGCUCCUAUUACAGCAAGAUGAAUACGGAUACUGAGAACAUUACCUCUGCAGAUAAUAUAAAUAAACAGAAACCACAUAAUGUGGAAGAAGUUACAAUUCCUGUACCAUGGGGACACAUAAGUGGCAAAUGGUGGGGACCAAUGGAUCAGCAACCGAUAAUAGCAUUACAUGGCUGGCAAGAUAAUUGUGGGUCUUUUGAUACCCUAAUUCCAUUAUUGCCAUCAGAUAUAGCCAUUUUAACCUUAGAUCUAUUUGGCCAUGUACUUUGUCUGGAUAUGCCUGGACAUGGUUUGUCUUCUCAUUAUUCAAAGAAUCAGUACUAUUAUGUUUACUGGGAUGGUAUAAUUCUACUCCGUAGAAUUGUUAAAUAUUUCAAAUGGAACAAGGUAAAACUAAUUGGACACUCUUUAGGAGGAGUUGUAUCAUUUCUAUACUCUGCAACAUAUCCUGAUGAAGUAGACUUCAUUAUUAGUCUAGAUAUUGCAGGCCCUAAUUCAAAAGAUGUAUCAGAAAUUGCAGCUGCAACUGGGGACACAAUUGAUAAAUACUUAAGUUUCGAAACCCUUAAUGGUAAAGAUAGUCCAGAUUACACGUACGAGGAAAUGCUUCACAUAAUAGAGGGUGCUUAUAAUGGUUCUAUAACCAGAGAAAGUGCAAUAAUAUUAAUGAAACGUGGCAUACGACCGUCCUAUGAUCCUGAACGAUUCUGUUUUUCACGCGACUCACGAUUGAAGGUUGCUACAUUGGGUAUGCCAUCUAUGGAUUUGCUUCUUGCAUUUGCAGCUCGUGUAAAAUGUGCUUAUCUCAACAUUCGUGCGUCCGAUGGAUUGAAGUAUGAGAAACCAGAACAUUAUCAUAUGGUCUUAGAUAGAAUAAAAGUAGGUGCUAAAAGAUUCGAAUAUCACGAAGUGGAAGGAUCUCACCAUGUCCACUUAAAUAAUCCUGAAAGAGUUGCAAGCAUUAUCAAUAAAUUUAUUAGCACUUAAUGAUGAAGCAUUGUAGAAGUGAAUCAUGAUAUACUAGACUAUAGUUGCUCGAUUAGUUUUACAGUAGCUAUAUUAAUUGUAUAAUACUGCUUAAAGUGAUUCUAUGUAUGUAAGAGGUGGAUACGUAUGUAUUAAGUACAAAUUUUAUGCUCUUUCGAUUUAAGUGGAUUUAAUUUAUCAAAAGUACAACGAUUUGUAUUAAAAUAUUUAAUACACGAAU